UGUGCGUCUAGCCUCAUCUGCUAAGAAAACGCUGUUUUUUAAAGGGAAACCAAGGUUGUUGAGGUCUGUGUUGGGCAUAGCAGCUUGAAGGUUGCUGCUGUUGCAGGGUCCUGUGGAGGAGAAGAGCUGUGCCAUUCCCCCUUUUGUCCUCAUGUCUCCCCCUGUGUGUUUCCCUGUGUGUUAGUGAAGCCACACCCCCACCAGCCCUCCACCUGAUCCCUCCUGUCGUGUCACCAGAACAGCCCAAAGCCCCCCUCUCACCCCAUGCUUGGGACAAAGCCAGCUCACUGCCAGCCCAAUGACUGCCUGGAUUGUCCUGCCUGUCAGCCUGUCUGCCUUCUCUAUCACAGGAAUAUGGAUAGUGUAUGCCAUGGCUGUGAUGAAUCACCAUGUUUGUCCUGUGGAGAACUGGACUUACAAUGUAACGUGCACAGAGGAGCUGCCUCGACCAGGCUUCCCCAAGACAUGCUGCACCAUCCAAGACAUCCCCCUCAUCAGUAAAUGUGGUUCCUACCCCCCUGAGAGUUGCCUGUUCAGCUUGAUCGGCAACGUUGGAGCCUUCAUGGUGGUGAUGGUGUGCUUUCUGCGCUACGCCCAGGUGAUUGAGCACAAUCACCAUUGCUGGGUUAACACCGGUGCACUGGUGUCCGGCUGCACCAACGCUAUAGGCCUGCUCAUGGUGGGCAACUUCCAGGUUGAUCAUGCCAAAUCUCUACACUAUGUGGGUGCUGGUGUCACAUUUCCAGCAGGGCUGCUGUUUGUCUGCCUGCAGUGUGUGCUCACCUACCGGGUGGCUAUGACUGCCCUCGACUAUUGGAUGGCCCAUUUCAGGGUGGCUCUGGCCUUGGGAGCUAUGGUCUCCCUUGUCCUCAGUGGCAUCUUCUUCAUCCACGAAAGCUUCAUUCUGCAGCACACUGCAGCCAUCUGUGAAUGGGUCUUCACUGUGGACAUCCUGGUCUUCUACGGCACCUUCACCUAUGAGUAUGGCACUGUCACCAGCGAGACCAUGAUGGCAGGCCUGCAGCAGAGUCGUCACCACCACGGCUCAGGCAUUAUUGUGGGCCCCAGGGGCCGGGACUCGACACUCAGUGGGGCAAACAAGGGCCUCAAGUCCCCUGGGGGAAGCAGCACAUCCACACAUCUCAACUGUACCCCAGAGAGCAUAGCCAUGUUGUAGCUCUGCAUGGCUGAGGUGUCUGAUGGGCUCCCACAGAAAGGUGAGACGGUGGAGGAGAAACAGGAAGUUCUCAUAUCUUUACCCAGUGAACCAACACCAGGUUAGCCUAUCUACUAUGCUAUAAGGUUCUCCCCCAAACCCCCACCUCACCCAAGUGUUGAUGCAAGCCCCUACAGUCAGAUGUCCUGAAAGCAGGGCUGAAUGUAUGGAGCCAGUUGGAGAAUGAUAAGCAUGAGUAUUCUAGUUCUUUACUAGAGUAGGUUGUUUCCAGCAUGGGAGUUUAAUAACCGUGCAUCACUGGUGUCUUGGUGCAAAAAGAAAGUUCCUUACACUGACCGGGUCGUCCCCCCACCCCCACAUGAACUACCCAAUGCUUUGCGCGGUCCACCUGAUCUGGCCUUUUGCCCCUCUCUGCACGGCACACUUUCUGACUGGGAGAAUAUUUAUGUUGGAGUUUUGAGUUUGUAUAGUGGGUUGAAUAUAUUGAAUGUUUGAGAAGUGGAUAGUUAAGUUGUGUAUUUUUACAGGCUGUAAGAAUAUGGCCUUUUUAGUCAAUCAAGCAUAAAUGAUCUGUCAAAUGCUCAAGUGGCAAAAAUCAUUAAUUUCACCAAACUGUUUGAUUUGAUUGCACAAAUGAUUUGUUUUUUGUUUUUUUGGUAUUUGUUUUACAAUGUGCAUGUGUGUCUUAAAUUGUUUUUUUGAUGCGUGAGUGCAAGACGGCUGUGUAAAAUUUUCUGAUCUGUUCUGUUGCAACAGUUUGGGCCAUGUGCAUCUCAGUCACGUUUAACUGUUGUCCCCCACAGUAUUAGACCUGAAGAUUUCUUUUUAGCACUGACAUUUCAUGCUACUUCCCCCCCCCCCAAAUCCUUUGUAACACCAAGACAUUUAAAGUGACUUGCAUUUUAUAAUAAAACCAGUGGGUGUGUGUGGAGGUCAAACUAUAACCUGACUAGCACAUUUACAGAAUAACACACUAAUGUGGUUCCAGGCUGGACCCUUGGAAGCCUUAUUUGAUUUUUGAGGUUUUCUGUUAAAGUGAUGUGAAGCCUUCUCAUUGCUUUGGAGGACACACAAGCUGAAUGAGGGGUGAAUACUAUGCUUGUAGACCUUGUGCCAUAAAGCUCAUCACAACGGUGUCAGUACGCUGUCACAAUCGUACAGGUUGUACACUGAGGUGAAAGUAUAUAAUUGCCAGUUUCUCUGGAAAUGAUAUACUUAAUAGUAUUGUCUGUGAGCCAGACUGCCACAAACUAAA